ACCGAGCAAAAAUAGUAGUCGAUGUAAUGGUAAGGAUAUGAUGAACUUUGAAAGGGAUUCGGCUGCCUUGUUAACAACGGUCAGUGCCGUGGCAGUAAAUAUGGCUCCGAGCAAUACUGCUUGA